AUGAUGGUUGGCUAGGAGCAUGCUGUGUGGUAAAGUCCAUUUUUACGCGUGUGGACCAAUCAUGGUCAUCCACCAAGUGUACAAGUGUACGAAGUUGGGGUAGUUGGUAUCUUGACAUAUUGUUGAAUGCAGCAAGAAAGAACACAAGGAAGAACGAAGUUGACACCACGGCUUCAUCCACCAAGCAGAUAAAGAGAAGAAGGAAGAGUGAGAAUGGUCGAGUUUGAAGAAGCGCUCGGAUUGCUCAAGAAAUGGGAAUGUUGGACAGAAAACAGGCGCGAGGAAUGGUCGACAGAAGACGAGUGCUAGCAAUGGUCCAUAGAAAAGAAGCGCUAGGAUUGUUCGCAACCUGCGUGCACGUCAACUCGCAACGGAACUGGAACGAAGCCAUGCGACGACAGACGGGCGAGAAUUACGUAGUAUGGGGACGCAGCAACGAGGGACUUGGCGGCUUCUGAUCACAGCUCUAUACCGACAACAGCAACGACGACUGUAGGCCACACGACGGAUCAGCAGACAGGUCACCAAUUCACUACGACACGCAACGGACAGGCACAGGAAACAAUGAGCGGCAACGCUCCUCUCAAGACCACUCUCGCCCAAGCUUGUGGGCGAAAGAAACCACGGUGACAUCACCAAACUAUGUCGGAUUCGUAGACGUUCACGAUAUGGACAACCUGUGUUCGAGAAUACCCAGGUCAUUAACAAUUCAUUUUUGGCGGCGUGCUGCAAAAGAUUAAGCACGACGAAUAAAAACGACGAGUCGUUAACCAGGACGUUACGACCAGGAACUAUGUGUCAACGAAGGUGAGAGGGUCGUGCGCGUGGAACCUCGCGCAUGGAGGACGAUGUGGCCUCCGAAUCAAACCCUAUUCUCUGCAACGGGGCUGCACGCGGGAUUUCAUCGUCACUGUAACUGAGCUUGACAUAGGAGCAUACGCUCUCCAGCAUAUCCAGCAUACUCAAUUUUUACGCAUACCACGGCGCUCGAAUCACUCUCAACACGCCACGGUCACCGCGACGGUUCUCCUCGGGCUUCCAAUAGUGACACCUUUCCAAGACACACGUUCCAGUACCGGUCGCGGCUGUCUACCGCACCAGAUGCAUCUCCUAUACCCCAUGCAGUCCAGCAACGCAGUCCACGUUUCCUUCCUACCUGGCAUAUCCUAUCGGUUCUGAUCUUGGCAAAGCCAGCAGGCAAACACCUCCUGACAGAAAGGUGUCAUCGGGACCACUGUUCCACCGGGGACCACAGUAAGCUCCGUUCUCGACAUCCACCUGCUGCAUGACGUUCCUCCUCGGCACUUCCCAGGCGACAACCCUACAAGAUCACCGGUAGCUCUGGAGCCCAGAUUGCUUUAGCUCCUCAGUUACAUCCUGUUCUACCCCCUGCCAUAACCACAAGGCGUGUUCCUUAUCUACGUGGUGUGCUCAUUCUCCACCUCCCCGUAACCACUGCAAGCAUCGGUCAGCUUCUGCGGUUGGUAGCGUACCCGUGGACGAUGACGAAGCGCCACCCGGAAGUUUCCAUUAAAGGGACUGAGCUCUACCGUUGGAGCCGACUGUGUCGGCUCCACACGGCGAUUCCAACUUGGAUGUCACACCCACACCUUUUGUGUCGAUGAAUCUGAUAGGUCCGUAUCUUCAUCACACAUAGCACACUGCUAGCCAACCAUAAUCCCUAAUGACAACGUACUCACUCCUUUUGAGUGAACGAACAGCGUUGCUACCUUGGUUUGUGCAGCUACUUCAGACAUUUCGUCAAACUGUUCUCAUUGAUCGCGGAGUCUCUACAGCUACUGCUCAGUAAAAGCAAGACAAGGCGCUAGACGGAUCAUAAACAGAAGCGUUUGAAAUGCUAAAAUGCCAAUUGCUAUGCAUGUUGACGUUGGCACUUUACUCAUCCAUGGCCACAACUGUCAUGGGAGGAGCCCUCUUGCAACAGCAGGAAGACUGACAGCUUCACCCAAUUAUUUACAGCCGGAUGACGAAACAGGACCGGGAGAAAUGCCGCUCCUAUGUGCCUGAAGCUUUAUCAGCAGUUUGGACGAUAGAAAAAUUGUGACCCUCUCUUCUGCGCUUAGAUUGCACUGACCCCACCGACUACGACUGAAUUGGAGGUUGGUGUCUCCGGCGCCUGCGGAAGUUCCGUUUCGGCGUUUAGCACCAGCGCUGCGAAAGGAUGAGCCACGUGGAUCAUUUGGCGAAAAAAUGGAUGUCGUCGAUGGGGUACAGCCAUAAAGGUCCGAGACUGGCCCGCUGCAGCUCAAUAUACUGACCCCCACAUACAGGAACUAAAAGAAGCUUUGAACAGCUGGUAUAGAGAACAAAAGGGAACACAUGAAGCUAGAAUUUCAGCAGAGGAUCUGAAGCGUUUUAAGCAAGGAACGUUGCAAUGAGAAGGAAGGUCUACUGUGAGCAGUCCCAUUAGGGGUUGCAAAUAUUGUGCAGAUGUCAAUAUGAAGCUACCACUUCGACCUUGAGAAGAGAAUGGGAAUGCUACAGAGAACGUAUUGGGUCUCCUCGAAUGCGCUGCUGCGUUAGAAGGUACAUUGACUUAUGCAUAGAGUGCCUCUAUCACCAGGUGAACUACACAGCAUUGGCAAAGUGUCUGUGUAAAUGAGCCACCAGAUACCUUUCGUGAGAAGCAAAAAGGGCAAAGCUUACAGUGGUCACUGCAGGACAUUGUAGCGAUCUUGGGAGCCCUGCUAGAAUCAUUACGGACCGAGGGCGCCGCUGCUACACGAGUUCUGUGUUCAAACUGUACUGCGCGGCACAAAACAUCACACAUUAAAAACACCACAGCUACCUUAAGAGACGACGGCCAAGUGACAACACGUCCUAAUCCUUGCCCGUCUUUGGGGCCCUAUCUUCUUCUACUUCGCAAUGGCGUGAUGAAAAUUUCAACCAUGCUGCUUCCCAGUUCCUGAGCGAACGUGACAGCUCUUCCCGGUGUAGCCUCCAGGGGGUCGACUCACAUGGCGGAUGGCCCUGACAAAGAUGAGUUUCUAAGGCCUCCUGAGUAGCACUUCAUUGGCUACGUUCGAAUAAUAUCUCCCCUAGCUUCUUGCAUUAAUCUUUCACAAUGGCGUGAUCUGUGUCUGAUGAAAAUUUCAACCAUGCAGCUUCCCAGUUCCUGAAUGAACGUGACAGCCCUCCCUCGUGAAGACUCCAGGCUCGUCUAUGGGCCCGAUUCGCAUGGCGGCUGGCGUUUCCACAGCUUCCAAGUUCCUGUGACAAAUGUGACAGCCCCCCACCGUGACUGGUCCCUGCACAGCAUGCAGCUUCCCAGGUCCUGGGCGAAUGUCACAGCCUCCCUCCCUGCCCCUGCCGUUCUCCCUGAGCCCUAUUCCCGUGGCGGCUUAGCUACUGCACAGUAUUCCACUUCCUUGGCGAACGUGACAGUCCCCCGUGCAGGCCCCAGCGAGUGCGACGCCUCCAGUCUCCUCCAUGUGCUCCAUUCCCGUAGCUAGCGCCUCUUUCUCACGGACAAGACAACUGGGACAAGACAGUUUUGCAAUAAAAAGACUGCAUAUAUA